UAACUCCCACAUCCACAGUGAAACAUCUGGAGAGCUUAUUGGAAGAACUGGGCUUGAAGCAGUACUACAGAGAGAAGCUAUCGCUCAGCAGAAUACUUGAGAUUGGCAUUAGGACCACCACUGAUGAACCUGCCAAGUGUAAAUCUGACCUUCCAUGGUAUUUUCUAAAGAAACUAAUGAUGUUUAAUGUCACUGCUAGGAAUGUGAAAUGUACAUCAGAGUGUGAUUCAACCAGUGAUGAUACAUCAGGAACUAAAAAGUUAAAUCUUAAAAAUAUGGUCAGCAGUCCAAACACAGAUAACAUGGUGAACCCACUCGACAUAAUCACUGCUCUCUUUCUGUGUUCUGAUGGUUUUCUACAGCAGGAAAUGGCACUAAAAAUGUCCAUGUGUCAGUUCUCUGUCCCUCUGCUGCUUCCCAAUUGUGACACAGAACAGUGCACACUCAUGCUGUGGGCCAUGAGAGACAUUGUUAAAAAGUACAGACCUCAGUCUCUUUCACAGUCAAAAGGCUUCAUUGAAGAAAGGAUUGUUCUCUCUGAACUUCCAAUGGUCUCUUUUGUCAGACUGGGUGAGUGCUCCUUGUCCAAGUCAGAGAUUCUCAAUAAACUUCUGCGCAAUUCUCAGCAGUACCACGACACCUUUGUUCACCACAACAUGGAGUGUGGUGACAGUCCAAGAAUAAUUUCUAAUGGACUGACUGAAAUUACUUGGUAUCUUCCUGGUGGAAACACAAACAUUGAUAUUUUCAGUCAGCCAGUGGCUGUAGCUAACCUUCGUGGGGACAUUGCUUCAUUUGAAACACAAUACUCCUUUUUGUGUCAGACAUCUGCAGCAGUUUUUGUUUUCUUUGACCAUUUGGAUUCUGAGUCUGAGUCUGUGAUCAAUCUGUUUAAAAGCCAAAACCACAAAGCAAAGAUCUUCUUGGUUGGUAACUGUGAGAGCAAGCGCUUCAAUUUAGAUGCUUUGGAAAAAGUAGCAAACAAGUUGGGCUUUACAAAACACAACAUCAUUUUUAAGACAAAUAAGAAAAAUGAUGCAGACUUUGUAAAAGAUUUGAGGAAAAAAGUCAGAAAUGUGGUUGAGAAAUCAGAGCUGAAGAUGAAAAUAGAGAAGAUGGUGGAUGUUAAAGAUGAACUGGGAAUUCUGGUUGAUGAAGACAUUCCAGAGUGCCAGACUGCAAAGAAAAAUGCUGAAGCCAUCACUUCAGAAAUUCAAGACAUCCAUAAAUACAAAGAAGAUCAGCUUCCCCGGCAAGGCCAAAUAUUGAAAGACCUUGCCUGCUUAGAGAAGGAAGAGUUUCGACUUCGAAAUUAUGGAUCUAACAAUAUAGAAGAUUACAAAAGUAAUCUUCAGAAACAUAAAGAGGAACUGCGGAAAAAGCAAAACUCUUAUGAGAUGUCGACAGCUAUGACAAACUUCAUCACUGGGAUAUCAAGCCCAGGAACAGAGAGGUUUUAUUUCCUGAAAUGGAUACGAAUGAACCUCGAUAAUGUGUCUCGUAUAAAACUGUCUGAACUCAGGGAGAAAUAUAAAGAAAAAUGCAAGAACUCUGAGAACAAAGAGGAGAUCAAAGAAAUUGACAGACAAAUUUCCAACAGCUCACUGGGGACCGAACACUUCUUCCGUGAAAUGGGUCAGAUCUAUGAAGCUUCACUGUCUCUUCCAGAAACAGACAGAUCACAUCAACAAUUACAGCAUCUGCCCAAACUGUGUGCAGAGUUGUUCCUUGAUGGAUUUCCUCUUGAGCUUGUAGAUGGAGAUGCAUCCAACAUCCCUCUCAGAUGGGUGAGUGAUGUUCUCUCUCAGCUCAAUGACUUGGUGUCACCAAAGAAAGACUUGGAGUCUUCAGGGAAUAACUCGGGGUUAUCAAACAGCAACUCGUUGUCUCCAGACAACAACUUGGUCUCUCUUCAAAUGAACUCGGUAUCAAACAAGGACUCAGUCUGUCCAGACAAUGACAUGGCCUCAAUUCACAUUAAGUCAAUCUCAAACAACGACUCUGCGCCUCCAGAAAAUGAACAUGUUAGUGCAGACAAUGACUCGGUCUCUCUUCAUAUGAACUCAGGGUCAAAAAACGACUCAGCACCUUCAGACAACAACUUGGUCUCUCUUAACAUUAAGUCAGUGUCAAACAACGACUCUGCUUAUCCAGAAAAUAAGUCAGUGCCUCCGGCCAAUGACUCAAUAUCUCCACACAAUGACAUAGCCUUACUUGACAUGAAAUCAGUGUCAAACAAUGGUUCAGUGACUCCAAGCAAUGACUCAUUCUGUCUUGACCUUAACCCAGUCUCAAACAUCGACUCAGCUCCUCCAGAUAAGGACUCUGCACCUCCAGAGAAUGACUUGUUGCCUCGAAACAAUGACCUGGCCUCACCUGACAUUAACACAGCGUCAAAAAACAACUCAAUGCCUCCAGACUAUCACUCUGUGCCUCCAGACAAUGACCCGGUCUUUCUUAACUUUAACUCAGUGUCAAACAACGACUCUGCAUCUCCAGAAAACGACUUGUUGCCUCCAGAAAAUUACUCUGUGCCUCCAGACAAUGUCUCGGCCUCACUUGACAUUAAAUCAGUGUCAAAAAACAACUUGACACCUCCAGACAACGACUCAGUCUCUCUUUACAUUUACACAGUGUCAAAAAAUGACUCAGUGGCUCCAGAAAACAACUCUGCACCUCCAGACAAUGAUCUGGUCUCUCUUAACAUUAACUCAGUAUCAAACGACUCUGCAUCUCCAGAAAACGACUCGGUGCCUCCAGAUUAUGACUUUGUGCCUCCAGAGAAUGUCUCGGCCUCACUCGACAUUACCUCAGUGUCAAGAAACAACUUGACAUCUCCAGACAACAACUCGGUCUCUCUUUACAUGAACACAGUGUCAAAAAAUGACUCUGUGCCUCCAAAGAACGGCAUCGUAUCUGUAGACAACGACUCAAUGUCUCCUGACAAUUGCAUAGCUUCACUUGACAUGAACUCAGUGUCAAACAAUGGCUUGGUGGCUCCAGACAAUGACUCAGUCUUUCUUAACAUUAACUCAGUGUCAAACAACGACUCUGCAUCUCAAGAAAACUACUCUGUGCCUCCAGACAAUGACCCGGCCUCACUUGACAUGAACUCAGUCUCAAACAAUGACUCAGCUUCUCCAGACAAUGACCCGGUCUCUCUUAACUUUAACUCAGUCUCAAACAAUGACUCAGCUCCUCCAAACAAGGACCUGGUCUCCCUAAACAUUAACUCAGUGUCAAACAGCGACUCUGCAUCUCCAGAAAAUGACUUGUUGCCUCCAGAAAAUUACUCUGUGCCUCCAGACAAUGUCUCGGCCUCACUUGACAUUAAAUCAGUGUCAAAAAACAACUUUAUACCUCCAGACAACGACUCAGUCUCUCUUUACAUGAACACAGCGUCAAAAAAUGACUCAGUGGCUCCAGAAAACAACAUUGUGUCUCUAGACAAUGACUUAGUGUCUCCAGACAACGACUCUGCUCUUUUAGACAAUGACACGGUCUCUUUUAACAUUAACUCAAUGUCAAACAGUGACUCUGCAUCACCAGAAAACGAUUCAGUACCUCCAGAAAAUUACUUUGUUCCUCCAGACAAUGACCCGGCCUCACUUGACAUUAAAUCAGUCUCAAACAAUGACUCAGCUCCUCCAGACAACAACUCAUUCUCUCUUGACCUUAACUCAGUCUCAAACACUCCUCCAGACAACAACUCAUUCUCUCUUGACCUUAACUCAGUCUCAAACAGUGACUCAGCUCCUCCAGACAAUGACCCGGUCUCUCUUUACAUGAACACAGUAUCAAACAAUGACUCUGUGCCUCCAGGCAAUGACUCGCUUUGUCAAGACAAUGUAUCAGCACCUCCAGAAAAUGACUCUGCGCAUUCAGAAAUCAACUCGGUGCCCCCUGACAACUACUCGAUUUCUCUUGACAUUAACUCAGUGUCAUCAAACAGAAAGAUAAUGGUAGUUACAGUUCUUGGUGUUCAGAGCACAGGAAAGUCCACUCUCCUUAACACCAUGUUUGGAGUGCAGUUUGCAGUGAGCAGUGGUCGAUGUACUCGAGGUGCCUUUAUGUUGCUCAUCAAAAUCAAUGAAGACAUGAAAAACGUCCUAAACUGUGACUUCAUGCUGAUCAUUGACACUGAGGGCUUAAAGUCACCAGAACUUGCACAACUGGACAACAGCUAUGAGCACGACAAUGAGCUUGCAACACUUGUUGUGGGACUGAGUGAUGUCACCAUUGUCAACAUUGCAAUGGAGAAUUUAACUGUAAUGAAGAACAUCCGACAAAUAGUUGCGCAGGCUUUUCUCAGGAUGAAGGAGGUGGGCAAAAAGCCUAAAUGUCAGUUUGUUCACCAGAAUGUGUCGGAUGUUUCAGCCCAUCAGAAGAACUUACGAGACAGGAAACUGCUCCUGGAACACUUAAAUGAGAUGACUCAGGCAGCAGCCAAAAUGGAAAAGAAAGAGGAGAACAAGAGCUUCACUGAUGUGAUGGAGUACAGUCCAGACACUGGGAACUGGUACAUUCCUGGACUGUGGAAUGGAAACCCACCAAUGGCACCAGUUAAUGCAGGAUACAGUGAGGCUGUAUAUGAGCUCAGGAAAAACAUCAUCCAACUACUGGGAAACUGUGAGUCAUCUGCUAAUAAUAUCAUGGAGUUUAAAGAGUGGGUGGAAUGCAGUAAAGCAUGA